UUACGUUUUCGUUGUAUUCCUCAUCUUCUCUCUACGCUGUCAGCUCCACGGAGUUUACGCCAAUAUAAACUUGCUUGUCGUUUCUGACUUGGCGUGAGCAACAUGUCACACAUAUAAACUGUAAGUUACUGUGAGUGGAGCUAUUUUUGCGGUGGGGAGAGCACUGGGCAUGCUCACCGGCCGGGAGCUGAGGGGUGCAAAGCGAGCGGAGACGAGAAUGUGAAUGAGCGGAGUUCUCUGCGGAGAGGAAAACACGCGUGUCCUACCUGCACCGGGCCCCCCCUUUUCACGAAAACCGGGGACGGGAUACAUACAGAGGAGCUGUCCGUUUCAGAACCACUUCACCCAGCGCUGGAAAUACAAGACGCGAUAGCCCCGACCGCCAGACGGGUCUUCUUCUCGACGUCUGCGCUCAGCGGGGCGACCGCUAGUCCGCAAGCGGACUGCAGGGGAAAUGCUUGCGGGAGGCUCUGCGGUACAUACCGGGACUCCCUAACCUCCCGCAGUCAGGACACGCGGUCGCAGGCGCAAUCCGCCGCGGCAUCCGAGGAGGAUUUUGCUCCAUUUCGCGGAGUGAUGAAGACGAGCUGGCUUUUCGGGUGGAAGAGGACCCCUGGGCCUGUCCGGCUGACACACCCCGCCCCCUGCCGCAUCCACGGCACCCACAGUUCAGCAGGAUAAGAAGAGAGAAGGACACCAUCUGAGGAAAAGUAAAAAAAAAAACAAAAAAAGAAGCUGGGAGGAAACAAACGGAGGAAGGGGAAGAGGAGAGGAAGAGGGUAACCCCUUCCUGCCAUGCGGUGAGGUCAUGGCCCAGCCGGGCAAAGUCCUCCACCUGGUGGUGGAAGUGAGGUCAGCCCCGGAGGGGGAGGGGGCUGUGGCCGGGGCUGUGGGGGCGCCUGACCCGGCAGUGGUGCAGGGAGAUGAGGUCCAGAUGCUCUCAUUAACCCCGCGCGCCUCCUCCGCACAGGAUGCCAACACGCUCUCAGACACGAGGAGCAGCGGUGGAGACUCCCAGUCUCUGCCUGGAGAUCCCGCCAGCCCCCAGCUCCGCCCGGCAGGCUGCCAGGGGGGCAAGACCCCUGCCCCCCACCGGUGGAGCUUGCCAAACGACAGGAUCGGCCGGCUGCUUUCAGAGGCAUCGCUUCCUGGGAUGCGGGCGGGGCCCGCCUCUGAAUGCCUCUACAGCUCCUCCUAGUGGCACCUCCAGCGAGUCUCCAACCCCAACGCCCCCCACCUCCCUGCCACUAGAGCCUGCGUCUCACGGCGAGGGUCAAAGGUCAGGCAGCCACGAGGUGCAGCAUGUGGAGGUGGAGCUCGUGACUCCUCCCCCCGCGGCGGAGGGGGCGUCACCCAAGACCGGCAUCAUCCGCCGCACCGUCAAGUACUCGGAGACCGACCUGGACGCGGUGCCGCUGCGCUGUUACCGGGAGACGGACAUCGACGAGGUGCUGGCGGACCAGGACGAGGCUGACUCCGCCUUUGGCAGUAACCGCAGCGUGCUGGGCACCCCGGGCACCUCAGGCACCGGUAGCAGCCCCCUGGGGGGGGCGCCGUACGAGCGCACAGACGGGGAGGAGGAGGAGGAGGGAGAGGGGGGGCCGGAUUGGGCCAGUGAGAGGGGGCAGCGGGACAGGAAGAGGCAGCGUGCUGCCCAGGAAGCCGAGGACUUUAACCUGCAACUGAAGAGGCCUUCAGAUGGGGUCCUCCAUUGCUACCCGGCCCUCAAGUCCCCCAUCCUGGUGUCGGGUCCCAGGCUGCUCUCCGAGGACACCUUCAGCCGGCACUUUGAGAGCAUCAUGGAGUCCCACCGCGCCAAGGGCACAUCCUACUGCAGCCUGGACAGCGUGGACCUGCUGACCUCCAGCGGCCAGUCCAUCCUCACCUUCGACCUGCCCACCCUCACCCCAGAGAUCCAGGGCCAGACUUACCAGAGCGCCCGGGAGAUCGUGGGACUCAGCUUCGCCCCGUUGGCCCGGAGGGACACCCCCAGCGCCUCGGUAGACACUCUUGCUGCGCUGGACUCCGACGCCACCCGCGCCCCGUCCAGCGAGAGGCUGAGCACCUGCUCGGAGGACACGCCCUCUUGGGGCUGGUACAGCACCCUCUCUCCCAGGGAGAGGCCUCCGCGGGCGGCCGUAGACUCUGACCUGGACCGCGAGCUGAGUGAGCUCUUGGGCCUGGGCAGCACCGACACCCUGACCAACGGCAGCAAGGCUGACCUGGAGGCUGCCAAGCGGCUGGCCAAGAGGCUCUUCACCCGUGACGGCUUCAGGAAGUCCGACGUGGCCAAGCAGCUCAGCAGGAAUAAUGACUUCAGCCGCAUGGUCGCGGAGGAGUACCUGCGCUUCUUCAACUUCACAGGCCUGCCACUGGACCGGGCCUUACGGGCCUUCCUGAGGGAGUUCGCCCUCAUGGGAGAAACGCAGGAACGAGAACGAGUGCUAUCCCACUUCUCCAGGAGGUACCUCCAAUGCAAUCCCAGCUCUACCCUGUCUGAAGACAGCGUUCACACCCUGACCUGCGCCCUGAUGCUGCUCAACACUGAUCUGCAUGGUCAUAACAUUGGCAAGAGGAUGUCCUGCCUGCAGUUCAUGGGGAAUCUGGAAGGGCUGAACGAUGGGCAGGACUUCCCCAAGGAGCUUCUCAAGGCCCUCUACAACUCCAUCAAGAACGAGAAGCUACAGUGGACCCUCGACGAGGAGGAGCUGCGCAAGUCCUUCUCGGAGCUGGCCGACGGCCGCGCCGAUGCUGAAGCCCACGACAUGAAGCAGAUCGGCAGCGGGGGGGCGCACAUAAAAGGCGGGACCGGCACCCUGGUCUACAAGGCCGGCUUCCUGGUGCGCAAAGUCCACGCCGACUCUGAUGGGAAAAGAACACCGCGGGGGAAGAGAGGGUGGAAGACCUUCUACGCUGUAUUGAAAGGACUAAUCCUUUACCUGCAGAAGGGAGAGUUCAGGCCGGAGAAGCAGCUCUCCGACGAGGACCUGAAGAACGCCGUGUCCAUCCACCACUCCCUGGCCAUGCGGGCGGCCGACUACAGCAAGAGGCCCAACGUCUUCUACCUGCGCACUGCUGACUGGAGGGUGUACCUCUUCCAGGCGCCGAAUGCAGAGCAGAUGCAGUCCUGGAUCACCCGUAUCAACACGGUGGCAGCCAUGUUCUCGGCCCCGCCUUUCCCCGCGGCUAUCGGCUCCCAGAAAAAGUUCAGCCGGCCGCUGCUGCCCGGCACGACCUCCAAACUCUCCCAGGAGGAGCAGGUCCAAGCCCACGAGGCACGAUUCCGCGCCACCUCCUCAGAACUGGCCGAGCUGCGAUCCUAUCCACCGGACCGCAAGGUCAAAGGACGCGAGCUGGAGGAGUACCGCCAGCGAGAUGAGUACCUGGAGUUUGAGAAAACACGCUAUGGGACGUACGCCAUGCUGCUUCGUGCUAAGAUCCGCUGUGGGGAGGAGGACCUGUCGGUGCUGGAGUCUGAGAUCCUGGAGGACAGCGGGCUGCAGCGCGCCCACUCCAGCCCCACGCUGGCGCAGGAGAGCAGCCAGGCCAGCAGCACCAAGGGCGGCCGGCGCAGCGAGGGCCAGAGGCACAGCUACCGGCAGGCCGUCAAGAAGUGAGGAGGGGCGGGGCCCGGGGCGGGGCCUGGGCCGGCGGGCGGAUGGGGCACCGGGGCACUGCCCACGUUUUGUUUGAGACCCGAGAGGCGGGAUGAGGGGGGGGCGGCUAGGGUAUUCGCACAGAGGCCCCUCCUGGGUCCUGAGCCUCCUCGGCCAACAGAAGAGACAGAGGUCAUAUGACUGGUCGUCGGUCGCCGGCGCGGGUGUGGGUGGCGACGUUGAAGAGGGGCCGGAGGUCUUUGGGAGGAAACGUUUCCGGGAGUAAGCACACACUGGCAGGAGUCUCUCUAAAGAGCAGGAUGACCGACACACUCACACACACACACACAUCCAGCUUCUCUUUUCUCUUUCAGGUCCAUCUUAUAGACAGCCCCUACCCCUCUCCCUCUGCCAGACCUCACGCACUCGCGUCUGGGUAUAUUCUUUUUAGGACCAAACCAUUCUCUUUUUUUUUGGUAUUCAAUUUUUAAACCGCUUGUCUGAUUGUUUGUGAGUGAAAAAAAGUGAACCGAUCACUGUCUCAGUGUAAGUACUCGGACAUUGUGGGCUGUUUGAUUUGUCUCUGUAGGCCUCCUCGUCCACGUGCAGUUGUAUUUUGGCUGCCACAGUGGGCUCUGUUUUUUGGCAUGUCCGGAGGGUGUUGGGGGUGUUCCCCACGGCUGGACUGGAGCACCCUACCUCCCUCCAUGUCGGACCAUCCUGGCUGAUGGAGGCACCGCCUCCCCACUACUUGUGGGCAACACCCCAUGUUGGUUAUAGCAGCAGAAGGGGGUUUGGGUCAGAGGUGGGGGUCAAGUUUAUUGCCGGACAAGGGGACCACUUCCCUUCGCUCGGAGUCCUGUAAGCUUCGCCGCAGACCCACAAUGCAUUUCUGACGGAACUGAGCCCAUAAGUGGAGAACUGGAGAGAGAGGCCUUUUUUGGACCAGAGUGUUAAGCAAUGGGACCCGAUGGUUUGGCGCCGGACGGGCAGGUCCGGCAUAUGCAGGCCAUCACUUCUCUGCCUUCUCUCUCUCUCUCUCGUUCUUUCCCCCUCCUUAUUUCUCCCUCUCCUUCUUUCCAAGCGCCGUGCUCUCUGCUUUGUGCUUGCAAGAGAGCGCGGUGUCACAUGACACGAACACAGACAACUAUUGGCCCACGGCUGCCUACAAACCUGCUUUCUUGUCUACUUUGCAGUGAGAGAGCUCUUUUUAAACUUUGAUCCUUCUCAUUAAGAUUUUUUAAGCAGAUUGCUUGAGCUGUGUUCUGCUGCGGAAUUAUACACUUCCAUUAGUGCUGGCUAUAUAUUCUUGGCUGGAUAGC